UUGGCUUGUUACAUUUCAAAUAGCUUCAUUGAUUGUUGUAAAAUAUCUAGAAGAAUUUACCAAUUUUAAAAUAAACAUUCCAUAUAUAAUUAUUUAGUACUCCUAAGACGUAAGUAGGGAAGUCACAAUGGCAAAGAUGGCGUUUCAACAUCAGGCCGGUACGGCCAUGGAGUGUUUAAGUAUUCCUAUUACGCUCCAUAAAGAGAAAGAAUAUGAUAGAGAUGGACGAGAAAUACUAAAAUGUGGAUUUAAAAUAGGAGGUGGUAUUGAUCAAGAUUUUAAGAAAAGUCCUCAAGGAUAUACAGAUAAUGGAAUAUAUGUUACGGAAGUCCACGAAAAAAGCCCAGCAUCCAGAGCUGGCUUACGUAUCCAUGACAAAAUUUUACAAUGCAACGGCUAUGACUUCACGAUGGUAACACACAAAAAAGCUGUGAGCUACAUCCGGAAAAAUCCAGUUUUAAAUAUGCUUGUUGCAAGAAAAGGUGUUACCUCCACCUAAAUGUCUCGUAUAUUAGAUAUUCCGCAUUUAUUUUAUUUUUUAAGUAAUAAGAAUAUUGUGAUAACUCCACAAAUACCAUAUUUGAGAACAUUUUAUGUUUGAUAGCGUGUACUCUCCUAAAUAAGGGAAGAAUCUAACUGACAAACAAAUUCUGGAAUAAAAGGUUAGAUAAUGAAUCCCAAUUUUUUUUUGUUUAACUGCCAAAUGCAGUCAGCUUCUCAGCAAAAUAUAUUUAAAAGUUGUUCUAUGAAUGCGAUUGCUCCUUGGCAGGAGAUGGCGAUCAUAUUAACCGAUGACUUAUAUACGCAACAAAAUGCUAGUAAACUUGCAUUUACUCCUGUUUUAUAAUAAAUAGCUAAUUCACUAUUAUACAUUUCGAUCCAUAGGACGGUUAAAUUCAUAUAUAAAGGCUCUUUACAUACAUAACUAUUAUAAGAAUUAUAUUUUUAUACCUUAUAGGAAUAUGGGUGAAUAUGUUCUAGAGAAAUAGUAAAAUGAAAAUCAUAAAGUUAAUUUUCAGUUUUGUUGUUAUACAGAAGAGGGCGUUCCAAGUUUAACUUUUCUUAUUGAAACUAAUUUUAAAAUAGCUGCGAUUAGAAAAACUUGAAUGAAACAAACGUCAUUUAAGUUAAAUAUAAUUGCAAAAAUAAAUGAGAUUAAAAAU